UCUGAACCUCCUCCGCUUUUAUAUUUAAAGCAAAUGUUGAAGUUCCAGUUGGUUAUUUGCCGUCUGAUGUUCAUCAUGGUCGACCUAAACCCAGCAGCUCUGCUCUUCUGUCAGCUGUUCCAGGUGUGGCUCGUAUUUGCAGGGGCUCUGACAGAAGACAGGACUGCGCUGGUGUCCAGAGGAGACUCACACACGUUUACUUGCAACAUAUCUUAUGAAAAUGCAGUGCAGGUCAUCUGGACCAGAGACAGAUUUAGGUUUAUAUAUUCUCUCAGGCAAAAUCAGACCUUUUCCAAUUUCUCUUCACUCAGUCUGAGAAUAAACCCCAACAUCCCUUCAAACCUACGUAUUUCUAAUAUUCAGCAUGAGGAUGCAGGACUUUAUAGCUGUCAAGUGUCUGGCAGAAACGGCUUCAGAUACAUCAGAUGGAAUUUAACAGUGUUUGAGGUCAACAAAGUUGCACCAAAAGGUUUAUUAGACCAUAUUAAUAUCAUCAUACCGUCUGCUCUUGGACUGCUGCUGGGUUGCAUCAUGUCAGCUUUCUGCCUCUGCAGGAAACACAGAACGGCAGCAGAAACUCAGGAACCAGUCCAGAACCAGUUUCAGUCUCAGUCAGAAGGACAGACUGGCACGGACCGGAGGGCAAACAACAAGCAGAGCAGAGCGUACAUGGAGAGGCUGAACAUCUGUGGUCCAUCUGAGCUGAGACACAGUUCACAGACAUUAGGAGAGGAUGACAUUUAUACCAAUGUACUUUAUCAGAAUCAGAAUCAGAAUCAGAAAAGCUUUAUUGCCAGGUCAGACAUAAAUCAGACGAGACAACUUGACUCCGGUUUACACCGAUGGCACCAUUAAUACGGACGCCAUUAUGUUUAGUUUUGAAGCAGCAAUUUCAAAUGAAGGCCUGUGGAGGGACACAGCACAACACAACAGCAUGGUUGAGUCAAAAGAGCUGGACGUAGAGAUGAAUGAACCACUGAGGUGGUUGCUCUUUCUUCAUGAGCUCUGUAAGGUCCUCCUGGUUCACAGAACAUGUGGCGCCAGUGAGGUUCCUGUGUGCUCGUUUAACCUCUGAGCCUUCAAAGAUGGUCUGAAAGUAACACAUCGACCCCACAGUUCUGUAUAAACUCUAUUUUUGCUUUAACCAACCAAACCUCGAUGCUGUGUAAUACAGAAUACAUGACCGUGCUCAUGACAAACAGUUUAGACCAACGUAGGAAGUUGCAGCCUUUGAACAAACUUACUACCCAGAAUAAACCCCUCCCCCUGAUCAGAAACGCUUCAUAAUACAAUGGAGGACAUGAUUAUCAGAGCAAUUUGUAGUAAAACGGUGUUUGUAAAACAAUUAUUGUUAUGAGCAGCAUGAUGAAGUCGUGGUGGCUUAUGAUUGGUUCAGGGUACAGUAAGCUUAUUAAGUCAUUAAGUUGGUUCUGUGGGUCCUUGGUUUUGACUGUACUUCAUACUUUUUAAACUGUUGAUGCUUAAUGUAUUUUUUUUGUUUUUUUGUUUUAUUUACCUCUUAAACAUUUUGAGUCAUUUUGAGAGGAAGUUGGAGAACAGGCUCCAGCAGAACAAUGUAAGAGCUUUGUGGGCCAGUCUAUUGUACACCAUCCCGCCUCCAUUACUAUGUAAGAAACUCCAGAAGACACAGGUGGAUCCCACCUGAAUCACCUGGAUUACUGACUACACAGGAGCACCACAGGGAACUGUACUCAUACCCUUCCUCUUCACGCUGUCCACCUCAGACUUCCAGCACAAAUCCGAGUCCUGUCAUCUGCAGAAAUACUCAGAUUACUCUGCAGUUGUGUGGUGAAUCUGUGACGGUCAAGAG